AACCCACGCUUCUCCCCUCCCUUGCCUCCCUCACGCUCCUUGACUCGAUGACGACGCGAUUGUAAACUGGCCGACCAUGGUAGAAGACAAAUAUAUCGGCAUCAUCAUCGCCAUUACCGGCUCGGUCGGCAUAGGCAGUAGUUUCAUCUUCACGAAGAAGGGCUUGAUAGCAGCUAGCAAGAAUGGCUCUGCGGCUACUAAUGAACACACGUACCUCAGAAGCCCGCUAUGGUGGAUUGGCAUGGUUGUGAUGGUUCUUGGAGAAAUCCUCAAUUUCGUGGCGUACACCUUUGCGCCUCCAAUAUUGAUCACACCCCUCGGAGCCCUCAGUGUAAUCAUUGGGGCAAUCCUUGCAUCAUUUUUCCUCAACGAAAGAUUGGGGCACCUCGGUCGCGUGGGCUGCGCGCUAUGUCUACUCGGUUCUCUUAUUAUCGUGCUACAUGCUCCGCCAGACCGGGACGUGGAAACUGUCGAUGAAAUCCUGCACUUCGCUUUGCAACCUGCCUUCUUGAUGUACUCCUUCCUGGUUCUCGUCUACAGCCUCGUCAUGAUCUACGGCGUCAUCCCCAAGUACGGUCAUACAAACCCCAUCAUCUACAUCUCCGUCUGCUCGCUCGUCGGCUCCGUCUCUGUCAUGGCGAUCAAGGGCCUCGGCGUCGCCGUGAAACUGACGUUCUCCGGGAACAACCAAUUCACCCGCCCAGCGACAUACGUCUUCGGCGUCCUCGUCGCGACCUGCAUCGUCGUCCAGACGAACUACUUCAACAAGGCCCUCGACACCUUCUCGACCAAUGUCGUGAAUCCAAUGUAUUAUGUCGGCUUCUCGACGGCCACUAUCGUCGCGUCCAUCAUCCUCUUCCAGGGCCUGAACACCGACGACCCCGCCAACUCCCUCUCGCUCCUCGCUGGCUUCAUCACCACCUUCCUCGGGGUGCACCUCCUCGAGCUCUCCCGCACCCCCAGCGGGGGCGGGGACGCAAGCGAGCUCGGGUACGUGCGCGCGAGCGGGCACGCAGAGGAGGAGGUCGGGCUGCAGACGAUGUACGAGCCCGAGCCGGAUGACUACGAACACGUCGCGGACGAAGAGCGCGCGCCGCUGCACAGGAUGAGCGACGAAAGAGGGAGGGCUCGGACAUGAGGAUGGUGAUGUGAUGAUACACGCCUGCGCCUUGCGCCCUUGUGUUGGGACAGAGGGCACGGCAGGGAAAACUUUUGCAAAUAGCGAGUCCGCAGCGACGCUUCCCUGCGUGUACACGGAGCGCGGACACUCCGGAAGAUCGGCCACAAGCCGCCUGGGACGGAGGGGCCCCACUAUCCCCUUCCAUCGCCGAUUGUCGAGACGAUGCAUUGGGGCAGGAGCGUGUGCAUGCGGCGUGUUGCCGACGUAAAAAUCGCUAAAUAGGUAACUUAUUCGUAGUAUUGUAUGGACUCUUAGUUGUACUAGAGCUAUUUGUAACUAUACAUCUAUGGUUGCGGC